AUGGAGAUCUUUAGACUUGGAGAAGUUGGACCUCCUAAAGAUGAAGAUUUUCAGCGCUUUAAGACCUUCGUUAAGGAUGAAGCACAUUGGAAACGACGUCAUAAAAAGAAAAAUAUAGAAGUUUUUACACGCUCAACUCCGCAUACUAAUAUGAAGAUGAUCAAAGUUGUAGCUAUAUUUCCAGAUGUAUCAUCGCAUGUGAUAUAUGAUAUGUUGCAUGACAAUGAUUACCGGUCAUCAUGGGACAAUACUAUGAAAGAGUCUACUGAAAUUUGUCGUAUAACAUGGAACUGUUGCAUCGAACACUUCGGAUUCAGAGCGCCGUUCGCGUUUGCAAAUCGCGAUUUUGUUUUGUUGCGCGCGUGGCAAGCAUAUGAGCAUGAAUACAUAAUUUUCAAUAGGUCAGUAUUCCACAAGAAAGUACCUCCGCGAUCUGACUAUGUGCGCGCCCUGACAUUCAUUACUGGUUAUGUUAUCACUGCCCUUAGUCCUGUAUCAUGUCAGUUAAUGUACUUAACGCAAAACGAUCCGAGAGGUGACAUUCCUUCAUGGGCAAUAAACCUUGCAACCACAAAGGUGGCUCCACGUCUUGUUAAGUCGCUUCAUCGAGCUGCUCUUUGUUAUCCAGGUUGGAAGGCUCAAAAUCGUCCAGAAUUUAAACCUUGGAGAAAUCCAAGCCAGCAAAACAAAUCAGUACCUGAAUUGUGUUAUAGCGAUAUAUUGAGAGAGCCGGAUUUCUCUCUGAAGAAGGUUCAUGAAAAACAUGUGAGCAAGGAAAAAGCUUUUAAAGAAGUUGGUUUGCCGGUUGACACGCAGUUUGAUGAAGAUAGCUUAUAG